AUGGACGGACAGGGUGGCCGGAGGUUCCCGCCGCCGAUCCACAGCGCGGAUCCACGUCGCCGCGCCCGCAGGUCAUCGUCUAGCGGCACAUACUUGAGUCGUCACCGCUCGUCCGAUCCGCCCACCCCGACCUGUUUCACCGCCUUCCCGGAGCUCCCUCCAUCGCGGACGCUGCAGAUGACCUACCUCAACGUCCGACAACGCUUGUGGGGGACAUGGGUGGCGGAGAUCACUGACAGGGAGACUCACAAGAGGAACUGGGUCGGCUCGUUCCACACGGUGGGGCUCGCGGCCAUGGAAUACGACCGGUGGCAAGUCCGGUUCCACGGCUGCGAGGCAAGGCUCAACCUCCUCUUCAGGAUGGUGUCGGUCCACCUUGUCCCGCCGGAGCAGGGUGUGGUGAGCGCGGUGAUGGAUCGGGAGGACCGAGAGGCGAGGGAGCGCCUCGAGGCGGAGGCCGCCAACGAGGCACAUGGAUGA